AACUCUACCUUCUUCUGAUUACUCUCCUAUCCUAAACAGAGACUCCACAGCCAAAAAUCAGAGAUAUGGCAAAACUUGGUUUGGCUUUAGCUCUCACACUUCUCACCCUCUUCUCCUCUUCCUCGUAUGUCGAAUCGAGAAUCCGACACUAUAAGUUUAGGGUGGUGAGGAAGAACAUGACGAGGCUAUGCGCGAGCAAGCCAACCAUUGUCGUGAACGGAAAAUUCCCGGGGCCCACUCUCUAUGCUAGGGAAGAUGAUACAGUCAUUGUUAGGGUUGUGAACCAUGUCACAGACAAUGUCACAAUACACUGGCACGGCGUUAGGCAGCUCCGGACUGGGUGGGCCGAUGGGCCGGCUUAUAUCACACAAUGCCCGAUUCAGACGGGUCAGAGCUACGUUUACAAUUUUACCCUCACGGGGCAGAGAGGGACUUUGCUUUGGCACGCACAUAUCAACUGGCAAAGAGCUACCGUGCAUGGCGCAAUUGUCAUUCUGCCUAGGCUCGGGAUUCCUUACCCAUUUCCCAAGCCUGAUAAAGAAGAGAUCAUUAUAUUAGGAGAGUGGUGGAAGGCGGAUGUCGAAUCUGUGAUCAACACUGCUAUGCAAGCCGGCCUACCGCCUAAUGUAUCCGAUGCACACACCAUUAACGGCCUUCCCGGCCCUUCUCCAAAUUGCUCUUCUUCGGGGUACACGUUCCACGUGGAGACCGGAAAAACAUAUCUCCUCCGAAUAGUCAGCGCCGCAGUCAACGAAGAGCUCUUCUUCAAAAUCGCCGGCCACCGCCUCACCGUCGUCGAAGUAGAUGCCUCCUACACGAAGCCCUUCACAACCGACACCAUAUUCAUCGGGCCGGGCCAGACCACCACGGCCCUCCUCACCGCCGACCAGCCCAUCGGCAAAUACGUCAUCGCCAUCUCCCCCUUCAUGGAUACCAUCGUCGCCACCGACAACCAGGUCGCCACCGGCUCCCUCCGCUACUCCGGCGCCGCCCCUCUCUCCGGCGCCGGCGCCACCGUCGCCGUCCCCGCCCGGAACGCCACCCCGAUCACGACCGCCUUCGAGGACGGCCUCCGCUGCCUCAACUCGCCGGAGUACCCCGCCGCCGUGCCCGGCGGCACCGACCACUCGCUCCUCCUCGCCAUCGGCGUCGGCAUGAACCCGUGCGCGUCGUGCGUCAACGGCACCCGCUUGGUGGCGGACGUCAACAACGUCAGCUUCGUGAUGCCGGCCACCGCGCUGCUGCAGGCGCACUACUACAACGUGAGCGGCGUCUACACGGCGGAUUUUCCGGCGGCGCCGGUGACGCCGUGGAACUACACGGGGGUGGCGGCGCCGGCGAAUAUGGGGACGGCGACGGGGACGAGGGUUUACCGGGUGGGGUAUAAUUCGUCGGUGCAGAUCGUGGUGCAGGGGACGGCGGUGAUCGCGCCGGAGAGCCACCCGAUGCAUCUGCACGGAUUUAAUUUCUAUGUGGUGGGGAAAGGGAUUGGGAAUUAUGAUGCGGUGAAUGAUCCAAAGAGGUUUAAUCUUGUGGACCCGGUUGAGAGGAAUACUAUUAGUGUGCCUACCGGUGGAUGGACCGCCAUACGCUUCCGAGCUGAUAAUCCUGGAAUGUGGUUUUUGCAUUGUCAUUUGGAAGUGCACACAACAUGGGGGCUUAAGAUGGCAAUUUUGGUGGAAAAUGGGAAAGGCCCAAAUGAGUCAAUCUUGCCUCCUCCAAGAGAUCUUCCAAAAUGUUGAACAUUCAAAUUAAAUAUUUUUAUAAAAUUAUUUUGGGGAAAGUUUUAGAGGUUGAGAGUGAAGAGGAUGAUGUGCUCAAGGCUCAAGCUGCAUGUCAAUAAUUCACACACAUACCAGAAAAGAUAAAAUGUUUUAUGAACUAUUGCAUUUGAUUUGCUUGUAAUAUCAUCAUGUAUAUGGUUGUACCUUUAAGUUUAUUUUCAUUAUUUUAUAUCAGAAAAUGAAUAAAGUUCUGGUUUUAGCUUUA